AUGGCCAUUACUAUAAUCACAAAAGCAAUCUUGAUUUUCUUGUUUGUUACAAUAAUAUCGACCUCAACCACAGAGGCACAGGCACAGCCACCGAGCCGGCUGAUCGGAAUAAUACACGUCAACGGGACAUUAUAUUGUUCUACAAAUGGAGCUAAUAAUUCCGGUGGCAAUGGCAACACAACUCCAUUUUUCCCUAAUGCGACGGUGCAAGUUGCGUGCACGGUGGACGUGAUAGCAAAUUCACCGGAAAAUGCGACAACGGAUGGAAACGGUGCGUAUCGGGUGGUCUUAAUCCCACGUCCGAAUGCCACCAUAAGUUCGAUAGUCUCCGAUUGUCGAGUGUUUGUGCUGACGCCCCUUUCGAGCUGCAACCGGGCCCUGCCGUCGAGCGGGCUAGUUUCGGGCCUGCAGUUUGUGAGGACAGUCCCCAAUUUAUUCUGGUACAUAACCUAUAUGGUUGCAUCGGGUUUCGCACCCCAGGCUUAG